GUGCGGACGUUCCGGCUCCGGCCCGCAGGGGGCGCUGUUUGCGGGGGGUGGCCCCUCUCUACGUGCUGGUGGGGCUGAGCGCGGGGGGCUGGGUCCUGCUGCUCGCCCUGGGGCUGCGCCAGCAAAUGCAAAUUUUGGAGGAAUUGAAGCUUUUGAGGUCGAACUACUCAGAAAAUGAAGAAAACGUUCGGCAGGAGCUGGAGGAGACGCGGCGGCAGCUGACGCGGCUGCGGAGCGGGAUGCACCAAUAUUACCAAGAAUUACAAGAUGUGGCGGGGCUGAUUUGUAAAUCGGUGACGGACGGGAGGAAAUGCUCCUCCGGGUGGAAAAAUUUUGGGAAAAGUUGUUAUUUCUUCUCGACGGAGACGACGCCGUGGGCGGAGGCGCGAGAAACCUGCGCGGACCUGGGCGCCCACCUCCUCAUCGUCGACUCCGAGCCCGAGCAGGGUUUCCUGAUGGACAACAUCGAGACUGGGACCUACUGGUUGGGGGCGACGGACGAACUGGUGGAAGGAACGUGGGUCUGGACCAACGGCCAACAGGUCAAUUUUAGCUACUGGAACACGUGGAAGAAGGACAAGGAGCGGGAGGAGAAGGAUUGUGGGAUCAUCGGCCCCGGCGGCAUCUGGAGCGACGCUCGUUGUUCCCACCCAAACCGAUGGAUUUGUGAGAAAUCCUGGAAUUGCUGAUUUUUUUUUUUCCCCAAAUCUGGGCAAUUUUCACCCCCCCAAAAAAAAAAAGCAAUUUUUCCAACUUCCUGCUGAGAAAACGAGGUGAAUUCCCAUCGUUCAGGGGAAAACGUUCCCCCUUCUCCCAUAAAUCGCCCCUAAAAAAUUAAACGACCCCUCCCUUGUAACUAAAAUGAGCCAAAAAAAGUG